CGUACGCCGACAAGAUGUACCGGUGUUGUAUUCGUCAUUCCUCGUACCGUUUUGAAUGAGACCGUCUUCAGUGUGUAAACCGCAGUGAUCCACUGAAGAUCUACUCGCUAUCGAUCCGAACGACCGUGUGUGCCGCGAUCAACGAGUUGUUACGUGAUAUUACAUUAUGAUCAAGCUUGUUUCCAGUUGAAAAAUGAUUAUACAAAUGACAUCCGAGAGAUGACUAGCGAGAAAAUCCCUAUAUGGCUGUACGACAAAAAAUUGUGGAUCAACGACGCCGACCGUCGGACAACAUGCGCCGACGUGGUGGCCACGUUGACGGGGCAUGACAACAACUAUGCUAUAGCCGUGGCCGGCGGCGUUAAGCAUCGCGCUGGUGACGGCACAGUAGUGGCCGACCCGGAAACUAAAGUGCUGAAGAUCUGGCACAGCUUGCAGCCAGAUCAAAAGUUGUACCUUCAGAAGAUCGGUGGAGGGGGUGGAGGCGCAGGCAGUAGACAUGUGACAGACGAUGCGUCGGAACUCAGUUUCGCGCAGAGAAGGAAGCGGCGAGAAGUUGUCAAGUACGCUUCGCGGACGGUACACCCGAAGCGGCUCAGCAACACCCAAGCGGCGGAGGAGCUUCUGAAACUGAUAUUGGAACAGAGCGACACCAUUAGGGCCCAACUGAAAAAGCUGCAGGACCGCGACAAGAAAAUCGAAAAAAUCGAAACCGAUACCCAUAAAACGCGAACGGACACACUAGGAACCAACUACUUACUAGAGGCAUACUUAGGCGACGACAAGGAGGAAAUGGAUAGUGGCAUUGCCGAAGUGGCCGCAAGUGUUGAAAACGACGAGGCCGAUACAUUCGAAGCCAUCGACUAUUUGGAGAGAAUCGUGAAAAUCAACAAAAAGCUUUGUGAACACGAAGAGCGAUUGAUAAGGUUGUACGUUAAUAUUGAAAGGUGCAGGGACCAAAAACAACUGGUGGACGAGCUGCAACGAGCCGACGCCCAUAUCACAGAAAUCGAACUCAUGUUUCGGGAAAACAAUGAGAUCAUCAAAGACGCCGAUACCAAUAUGCGCACUAGAAUAGGGUACAUCGAACAGUUACAGUACGAAGCAGCCAUCGUAGAUAGUGAAAAUGAAUACCUGAUGAGCUUCAUCGAAAACGAUAGCCUGAAGCAGAGUAAAGUGGAAAACCACUCUUACCGCAUCCUAGACACAUUAGUUUAACAAAAACAUUGUAAUAUCAUACACCGUUGUCGAUUGUUGUACAAAGAAAAGUUUUCCAAAUGUUUAUUUUUUCAAAAUUUUUAAAACAUUGCUAAAUAUAAAUAAAAAAAUUACUUUUGGUACAAUAAUUUUAUAGUCGAUCAUAAUAUUAUACAUAUUUUAUUAAUAAAGUAUUCAAAAUAUGGCUAUGUUAUCCAUCUGUUUUAUAGCUAAUAUUUUAUAUACUACAUAUAUUUAUUUGUCUUAACUUUAUUUAAUAAGCCAUUACUUAGUU